AUGCGGACUCGACACAAGACUCAGGGUCAAGAUGAAGAGUUUCUUGCUCUUAUUGCGACUAUUGAUCCAACCUGCUACUCUCAGGCCGUAGGGCAUCCUCAGUGGCGGGAUGCCAUGGAUCAGGAAUUUAAUGCCCUAUUACAUAACAACACCUGGGAGCUCACUCCGGCUACACCACAAAUGAACAUCAUUGGCUGCAAAUGUGUUUUUCGCACCAAACGCAAAGCCGAUGGUUCAGUGGAGCGCUAUAAGGCGCGACUAGUAGCAAAAGGGUGGACUCUACGGCAGCUAGAUGUUCAUAAUGCUUUCUUAAAUGGACAUCUUGCUGAAACUGUAUAUAUGAAGCAACCACCAGGCUAUGAAGACUCGACCAGGCCGAAUCAUGUCUGUCAUCUUCAACAGUCCCUUUACAGACUGAAGCAAGCACCUCGUGCCUGGUUUAAGAGGCUUCAUGAUUUUUUGAUAUCCACAGGGUUUUUGGCGUCCAUAACGGAUGUAUCUCUAUUCCAUUACACUUCGGGAGAUUCACGCGUCUUUUUGCUAGUUUACGUCGACGACAUUAUAAUGAUGGGGAAUGACACAAGUCCGGUCACGGUCUUGCUACACCGCUUAGCCACGACUUUCAAGAUCCGGGACUUGGGAACUCCGAGUUUUUUCUUAGGGAUCGAGACUCUCACACUUGGUGACAGUUUUCUUCUCUCUCAGCGCCGGUAUAUGCAGGAUAUUCUAUCUCGCUCAGGCAUGACAGAUUGCAAAGCCCUGGCUACACCGGCUUUAGUCACACGGCCGACAACGUCGUCCUCCGCUUCUUUUGAGAAUCCAACGCAGUAUCGUCGUAUAGUUGGGGCAUUGCAGUACCUCACUAUCACUCGUCCAGAUCUAGCGUAUUCUGUUAACCGAUUGUGCCAGUUUAUACAUUCCCCUACCGAUGAUCAUUGGAGUCUUCUCAAGAGGGUUCUCCGCUAUAUCAAGGGGACUCAGGACUACGGUUUACGUCUUCGUCCAUCGGCAACGACUGAUUUACAUGCUUACUUCGACUCUGACUGGGCCGACUGCCCUAUUGAUCGGAAAUCCACCAGUGGGUAUGCAGUCUUUCUUGGGGAUAACCUGAUUUCGUGGGUAUCCCGCAAGCAACGCACAGUAGCAAGGUCUUCGACGGAGGCAGAGUAUAAGGGCCUGGCAGAUGUAGCAGCUGAGGUUACCUGGAUCGUCUCUUUGCUGCGGGAACUUAGUCUCCACUCGGGCAAGCCAGCAACACUUGGUGUGACAAUCUCGAGGCUACAUACUUAG